UUGGUGCUCCAUAAAAGGGCAUUUUCCAAGUCUUGAACUGAUCUUGCUCGAUGCGAGGCCGAGCUUAAGAAGAUUUCGAAGGAGAGGGACGACCUUAAAACCCUCUAUGUUAAGAAAUAGAUGGAGAUCAACAAUCUACGAGUUGAGUUGAUGCAGGCCUGCCAAGGACGAGCCAAAUAUGUUGAGAAGUUUUAUCAGAAGGCCGACUUGGAGGCGUAGCUUCGGGAGGAUCUUAAGAUGAAAGAAGCCGAGACCUUGAGGUGGAGGCAAGGUAUGGACAAUCUCGCUUCUGAGAAGGAAACUCUUCGAGAGAAGCUGGCUUCAUUCGAACGUCAAUUUCAAAGUGUGAAAGAGGAGAGCUUAGCUCGUGACCGCAAAAUCGAGGAGCUUAAAGCUAAAUCUGCUGCCGAGUUGGCCAAGGCCAGAUCUGACGUUGAGGUAAUUAUGUCUUCGUACCGAGCCGAUGCUGAAGCAGCUAAUGCUCGGGCUAAGGAGAUUUCUUCUGCAGCAGAAGUUAAGUUAUCAAGUGCACUUGAUCAUGCUAGGUGACAAUCCCGGAGGGUGACCCUCGAGGAGGUACAUGCGCGACUUCGAUCUUUCAGCCGAUAUCAAAAAGGCAAAGAUUUUAUAAGAAGAGGUUGCCGCUAUGCUUUCCGAUGAAGAUGAUUCUGUCAGUGGCUCUGAGAGUGGAGGAGACGACGGUAAGUCCCUGAGGAUGAGGCUCUCAAAGAUGCGACUGCCGAAAAUGUGA